AUGAUUAAAAAGAUACUAACACUUCUAUUCUUAAUAGUGGUUGUUACUUCCAAAGUAGAUAUUCAUAGGGUUGAGACUGUUAUUCAACAGGCUAGAGAAAUCUGCUGGAAUGAAUUAACAGAUAAUGAAUGGGUAUAUCCUACUUAUUUGGGUACUCUCUUCUUAAGUGAAUACUAUUUUGAACUCAAGGCCCUUAACAUUUAGAAUUCAUAAUUUCAAUAAGACAAAUUCACAUAAAUCUUGCUUGAUUCACAACUACCAGAUGGCUCUUGGGUCUAAGUUGAGGAUGCCUUCAUUUAAACUGGGUAAUUAGAUGCCACCAUUUUUAAUUAUUGGUAUUUGAAAGCUGUUGGUAUCGAUAUUCAUACAGAAACUAUGUAAAAAGCUUAAAAUUGGAUUAAAGCUCGUGGAGGAAUAGAAAAAGCCUAAACCAUGACCAAAUUUAAGUUAGCUAUGUUUGGAUAAUAUCCCUGGAAGAAAUUGUUCAAAAUUCCAUUAAUAUUAUUUUAUAAAAAGUUUAAUCCAUUUUACAUCAAAGACAUUACUGCACAAUGGGUUUAUCCUCAUAUGACUGCUCUAGCCUAUUUAUAGAACUAAAGGAUAGUUUUUAAUGUUGCUGUUAAUAUUAGUGAAUUGUAUAAGAAUAAACCACCCAAAAUUAAGAAUCAUUAGAAAAAGGGAAGACCUUCAUUCUUUAUUAAUAAUCUUGUUAAAGAAAUGUUGAAAUUACGAUAGCCUAUGGGUAGUUUUGGAGGCUAUACUGUUUCUACACUCUUAUCUAUGUUGGCUUUACAUGAUUAUACCAAUAGAACAAACAAGUUUAAGACUGAGAUUAAUGAUGCUUUAAAAAUGGGAUUUGAUUUUGUUGAAUUUAAUUAUUUCAAUUUUAGAUAAGCAUAUCAUGGUAGUUUAGAUGAUGGAAGAUGGUGGGAUACUAUUUUGAUCUCUUGGGCUAUGUUAGAAUCUGGUGAAGAUAAAGAAAAACUAAGACCUAUUGUUUAAAAUAUGUUGGAAAAAGGAGUUUAACCAAAUGGUGGUAUCGAAUAUGGUUAUGAUUUUGGUUAUGCUCCUGAUGCUGAUGAUACUGGUUUAUUAUUGUAAGUAUUAUCAUAUUAUGGAAAUGAUUAUUCUUACGCUAUGGAUAAGGGUGCAGAAUUCGUUUUGAGUGUUUAGAAUGUAGAUGGUGGAUUUCCAGCAUUUGAUAAGGAUAAAAUGGGAAAAAACCCUUUGUAUAAAUUUGCAUUUAAAAUUGCAGGGAUAGCAGAUUCAGCCGAAAUAUUUGAUCCAUCAUCUCCAGAUGUGACUGCCCAUAUAUUAGAAGGUUUAAUAAGUUCAGGUAGAUGUAAUUAAGAGGCAAUGUUAAGAUCAUUGAAGUAUUUAAUGGAGAGUCAAGAAGGAUUUGGUUCUUGGGAGGGAAGAUGGGGUAUAAACUACGUCUACGCAGCAGGGGCAGUAUUACCAGCUCUAAAGAAGAUGAAGUAUUCAUUAAGGGAGUAAUGGGUGAGUAAGGCAGUUUAUUGGUUGUUAAGUAAAUAGAAUGAAGAUGGAGGAUUUGGAGAGACAACGUUGAGUUAUAAUGAUGCUAAGAAGUAUAAUGGGAUAGGGGUAUCGACAGUCACAUAGACUUCAUGGGGAUUGUUAGGGUUAUUAGCAGUAGAAGAUGAUUAUGAAGUGGGGAAUGCAAUUGAGAGAGCGGUGGAGUUUUUAUUAGAUUCAUUUGAGAGAGAUGGUGAAUUUAAGGAUACAUCGGUAGUUGGUACUGGUCAUAGAGGGUUGUUAUAUUUGCAAUAUCCAAGUUAUGCACGUUCAUUUCCAAUUAUAGGAUUGGGUCGUUAUGUAAAUCAAUAUAGAUGAG